GGUGGCGCUGUGCCCCGUAUUUCUGUACAGACAUUGUGGAAACCGGAUUGCUUGUGAAAGAGGGAGCUUUGUUGAAACUAAAAACCUCACGUAAACCUGACUCAUGCAUUAAAAAGGAAAAUUGAUGAGAGGCCAGUAGAGGACCGUGUGGACACAGUCAACGAGAAUGGAGUUCCCACAGCAUCAGAAGCCAGUUGAUGGCAAAAUCAGUUAUCCUCCCGGGGUAAAAGAGAUCACAGAUAAGAUUACCAAUGAUGAGGUGGUUAAACGGUUAAAGAUGGUGGUGAAGACCUACAUGGACAUGGACCAGGACUCGGAGGACGAGAAGCAGCAGUACCUGGCGCUGGCGCUGCACCUGGCCUCCGACUUCUUCCUCCGCAACCCCAACAAGGACGUGCGGCUUCUGGUGGCCUGCUGCCUGGCGGACAUCUUCCGCAUCUAUGCCCCCGAGGCGCCCUACACCUCCCACGACAAGCUCAAGGACAUUUUCUUAUUCAUCACUCGGCAGCUGAAGGGCUUAGAGGACACCAAGAGUCCGCAGUUCAACAGAUACUUCUACCUGCUGGAAAACCUGGCCUGGGUCAAGUCGUACAACAUCUGCUUCGAGCUGGAGGACUGCAACGAGAUCUUCAUCCAGCUGUUCAAGACCCUCUUCUCGGUCAUCAAUAACAGUCACAAUCAGAAAGUGCAGAUGCACAUGCUGGACUUGAUGAGCUCCAUCAUCACGGAGGGUGAUGGGGUGACACAGGAGCUGCUGGAUACAAUCCUCAUCAACCUCAUCUCUGCACACAAGAAUUUAAAUAAGCAAGCCUACGACCUUGCUAAGGUUCUCCUGAAGAGGACUGUUCAAACCAUAGAAACGUGUAUCGCCAAUUUCUUCAAUCAGGUUCUGGUCCUGGGAAAGUCGUCUGUUAGCGACCUGUCAGAGCACGUGUUCGACCUCAUCCAGGAGCUUUUUGCUAUCGAUCCCCCGCUCCUGGUGUCCGUCAUGCCUCAGCUGGAGUUCAAGCUCAAGAGCAACGACGGUGAGGAGCGUCUGGCGGUGGUGCGACUCUUGGCGAAACUCUUUGGGGCCAAAGACUCGGAGCUGGCUACACAGAACCGCCCGCUGUGGCAGUGCUUCUUGGGAAGAUUCAAUGACAUUCACGUGCCAGUCAGGCUGGAGAGCGUCAAGUUUGCCAGUCACUGUCUGAUGAACCACCCAGACUUGGCCAAAGAUCUAACAGAGUUCCUCAAGGUACGGUCACAUGACCCCGAGGAGGCCAUUCGCCAUGAUGUCAUCGUCACCAUCAUCAACGCUGGGAAGAAAGACUUGAACCUUGUGAAUGACCAGCUGUUGGGCUUUGUCAGAGAGAGGACGCUAGACAAAAGGUGGCGAGUUCGUAAGGAGGCCAUGAUGGGACUGGCUCAGCUGUAUAAGAAGUACUGUCUGCACCACGAGGCCGGCAAGGAAUCGGCUCAGAAGAUCAGCUGGAUCAAGGACAAGCUUCUGCACAUCUACUACCAGAACAGCAUCGACGACAAGUUGCUGGUGGAAAAGAUAUUUGCUCAGUUCAUGGUCCCCCAUAACUUGGACACAGAGGAAAAGAUGAAGUGUCUGUACUACCUUUACGCCUGCUUGGACCUCAACGCUGUCAAAGCUCUGAAUGAAAUGUGGAAGUGUCAGAACAUGUUGAGGAGCCACGUACGGGAGCUUCUAGACCUCCACAAACAGCCCACGUCUGAAGCCAACAGUACAGCCAUGUUCGGGAAGUUGAUGACCAUAGCCAAGAACCUUCCGGACCCGGGCAAAGCGCAGGAUUUUGUGAAGAAGUUUAACCAGGUGCUGGGGGAGGACGAGAAGCUCCGGGCCCAGCUGGAGCAGCUCAUCAGCCCCACCUGCUCCUGCAAGCAGGCUGAAGUCUGUGUGAGGGAGAUAUCCCGCAAGUUGACCUUCCCCAAGCAGCCCACCAACCCCUUCCUGGAGAUGGUGAAGUUCCUCCUGGAGCGCAUCGCCCCGGUGCACAUCGACUCCGAGGCCAUCAGCUCUCUAGUGAAGCUCCUGAACAAGUCCAUCGAGGGCACAGCAGAUGACGAGGAUGAGGGGGUGACGCCCGACGUGGCCAUUCGCGCCGGUCUGGAGCUGCUGAAGGUGCUGUCGUUCACCCACCCCACCUCCUUCCACUCAGCGGAGACGUACGAGUCCCUGCUGCAGUGCCUCAAGAUGGAGGACGACAAGGUGGCUGAGGCCGCCAUCCAGAUCUUCAGAAACACCGGGCAGAAGAUCGAGACGGAGCUGCCGCAGAUCAGAUCGACCCUGAUCCCCGUCCUGCACCAGAAGGCCAAGCGGGGCACCCCUCACCAGGCCAAGCAGGCUGUCCACUGCAUCCACGCCAUCUUCCACAACAAGGAGGUGCAGCUGGCUCAGAUAUUCGAGCCCCUGUCCCGCAGCCUAAACGCCGACGUUCCUGAGCAGCUCAUCACCCCGCUGGUCUCUCUGGGACACAUCUCCAUGCUGGCGCCUGACCAGUUUGCCUCGCCCAUGAAGUCCAUCGUGGCGAACUUCAUCGUCAAGGACCUGCUCAUGAACGACCGGUCCAUAGGAAAUAAGAACGGAAAGUUGUGGUCCGCCGAUGAGGAGGUGUCCCCUGAAGUUUUGGCCAAGGUCCAGGCAGUGAAGCUGCUGGUGCGCUGGUUACUGGGGAUGAAGAACAACCAGUCGAAAUCGGCCAACUCCACCCUGCGGCUCCUGUCCGCCAUGCUCGUGAGCGAGGGGGAUCUGACGGAGCAGAAGAAGAUCAGUAAGUCGGACAUGUCCCGGAUGCGGCUAGCGGCCGGAAGCGCCAUCAUGAAGCUGGCCCAGGAGCCCUGCUACCAUGACAUCAUCACGCCAGAACAGUACCAGCUAUGCGGCCUGGUCAUCAAUGACGAGUGCUACCAGGUGAGGCAGAUGUUCGCCAUGAAGCUGCACCUGGCCCUGGUGAAGCUGACUCUCCCGCUGGAGUACCUGGCGGUGUUCGCCCUGUGCGCCAAGGACCCGGUGAAGGAGCGGCGAGCCCACGCCCGCCAGUGCCUGCUCAAGAACAUCAGCGUGCGUCGAGAGUACAUCAAACAGAACUCCAUGCCCUACGAUAAGCUGUUGGCGCUCCUGCCAGAGUAUGUUGUUCCCUAUAUGAUACACCUGCUGGCCCACGACCCAGACUUCACCAAGCCCCAAGACUUAGAGCAGCUCCGUGACAUCAAAGAGUGUCUGUGGUUCAUGCUGGAGGUGCUGAUGACCAAGAACGAGAACAACAGCCACGCCUUCCUCCGGAAGAUGGUGGAGAACAUCAAACAGACCAAGGACGCGCAGUCGCCCGAGGACCCCAAAACCAACGAGAAGCUGUACAUCGUUUGCGACGUGGCACUGUUCGUCAUCGUCAACAAGAGCACCGCCUGCCACCUGGAGUCGCCCAAAGAUCCUGUGCUGCCCACUAAGUUCUUCACGCAUCCCGAUAAGGACUUCAAAAACGACAAAGAUUACCUGCCGUCAGAAGCCAGGACGGUUCUUCUUACAGGGAAACCCAAACCCACAGGAGUGCUGGGCGCAGUGAACAAGCCCCUCACGAGAAGACCCUACACCAAAAGCACGCCCUUGGAGACGGUCAGCAACAUCAGCGGGAACUCGGAGCCCAGCUCUCCGGCGGGGAACAGGGGGAGGGAAGUGGGUACAGAGGCCUCAGAAUUGGGCGUGCGGGAGAACGAGGAGAAGCAUUCACCACUGAAUGUUUUGAAAGCUGACGUGGAGAUGAAGGAGGAGAAUUCGGAGGCAGGCCAGGGCAGCGGGGACCAGAGGGGAAAGAACCGGGUGCCUACAGCGCCCCCUGCCAACGGCAGCGAGGACAGCACCACCGCCCCCAACGAGAAGCCGCCGGCACAGCCAGUCCCCACCAAGCCCCGACGAGGACGGCCGCCCAAGCUGCUAGCCAGCGCCGCGAGCGGAGCAGCUAACGCUAGCACCGCGGAGAAAACGCCCGGCACCGGGGCUGGGCGGGGCAGGAAGAGGGCCCCGGCCCAGGACAGCAGCGGCCCCACCGUGGAGCCAAUCAUCAUCAAGAUACCAAAACAGCAGAAGGAGACGGACAGUAGGCCGGUGGAUCUGCAGAGGUAAAAAGAAAAUGGCCGCAGAGGCGUAGGUGGUAGGAGUUGACCUGCCUGCUUCAGGACUUGUCAUGUUUGUACAGACACUGCUCUUCCCUUUGACCCGAAUAGCUCUUCUGGUCCCCAGAUGGACCCUACUCUCUCACAAACCUCUCUCACACACACGCAUACACACACAUGCACACACACAUACACACCUAGCCACUGCUUCCUAAGGCCCCAACGGCGAAGCAAGCACUCUCCUCAGUGGAAAAAGUAUGCAAAAAGGAAGCAUUAAAAAAAAAACUUGGAAACGGUUCAAACUCCAUUACGCAGACCCAAACAGCCAUCUGCUCGCUGUUGGUGCUGACAUUCUCUGCUGGACACGCCCUUACCCAUAGCAUUUUCCCCAUUUCAAUUCAGCCCACAGUACUGCAUAUUAAAUCCCAAGUACCUUCCAUGUACUUUCUUCAUCUCUGACUGUAUAAUCCCUCAGGUUCCUCACCAUUUUUAUUUUCAUUCUUUUUUUUAAAAAUAGAACUGCAGAAAGCAAGUUUACUGUUGGUUUUAAACUCAAGUCACCAUAUUGACAAAAGCAUUUGAAACCAGGUAUUUGGAACUGGAUUACUCCACAGAGAUAAUUGUUCAGCUAAAUGAACUCUGAGGAGUGAGUCCAAUAGACACUUUUUUCAGUGGUGUAGAUGGCGAAUGCGGUCCACUUGUAGGGGGUUUUAGUAAAUUAACUUCAUCUCCCAUCAUCCCCACUGUGAAGCCUUUGCUGGAUGACCACUGUGGCAGUUAUCUCCUGGACUUCCUGAAUAACGCAAAGACAGGCAUCGCUCAUCGAGUGAAAAUAGGCACUUUUAGUUGUGGGGGGGAGAGAAAAAAAAAAAAAAAAGAGGGCUCGGGGUUGUGGCACAUCUUUUGGGUUGUGUUCACUUUGAGAUUUUGUCACCAAUUCAGGGGUCGCAUUUAUAGUUCUAUUUGUCCCCACCUGUACAGGGGGUUGUUCAGUUAUGGACAAACGAACCCCGAACACGCAUAUUCUCUCACACGGCUUUUCAUUUUUGUUGGUCUUUUAACUGCUUGUCCUAGUUUCCAACUGUGUUCCGAUGUAAACAUUCCCCCAGACUUGUGUCUCUUACAGAAGUAGUUCCUCCCCUACAUUUUAGCCACGUGGAAAGAAUUGUGGGGGGUGGGGUUGGGAGGGAGAGGGGGGGUUCUAGCAAGUGACUAUGGUUUCCUUUUACGAGGCCUUUUAUUUGUAACUUAGUGCAGAUUUUACAUUUUUGUAAUGAAAUGAGGAGUUUGCAAAAUAAAAUGUACAUUUUCCUGUGGGAAACUGUGAUGCUUAAGAUGUUUUGAAUAAAAAAAAUAAUAAAAAAAUGUAAAAAGUCAUCUUGGAAUUUGGAUGCCUGCAAAAAAUAAACAUCGAAUUCAUAACUCUGA